GCCGAGCAUGGGCCGCCAGAAGAUCGAGAUCAAGCGGAUCCAGAACGAAGAGGCCCGCCAAGUGUGCUUCUCCAAACGCCGCACCGGUCUCUUCAAGAAGGCUAGCGAGCUCUCGAUCCUCUGCGGCGCCGAGAUCGGCGUGGUCGUAUUCUCCCCCGCCGGGAAGGCCUUCUCCUUCGGCCACCCCUCCGUCGACGUGGUCUUCGACCGCUUCCUCACCGGCAACCCCCACCAUGGCAGCAGCGGCGGGCCCGCGGCGGAGUCGCGCCGCGGGGCGGUCGUGCGCGAGCUUAACCGCCAGUACAUGGAGCUGCAUGGCCUGGUGGAUGCCGAGAGGAAGCGGCGCGACGCCCUCGAGGAGGCCAUGAAGGGGGAGCAGGGCGGCCGGCCCUGCUGGUGGGACAACAACGUGGACUCCCUCGGCCUGGAGGAGCUGGAGGAGUACGAGAAGAAGCUGCUGGAGCUGAGGAACAAUGUCGCAAAGACUGCUGAUCAGCUGCUGCAUGAGGCCUUGGUUCGCAAGCAGCAGCAGCAGUAUCCGAUGGGCGGCGGCGCCGUCGGUCUUCCCGGGGCCUUUGCCAUUAAGAAUGAGGAAGCCAUGCAUCCUUCUUUUGGCGGCGGCUUGAGUUUCGGGCAUGGCUUCUUCCGAUGAAUCCAAUGUCUUUUAGGUUGUCUUCG